AUGCCUCGGGGCUUCCUGGUAAAGCGAACUAAACGGACAGGCGGCUCGUACCGAGUGCGCCUAGCACAGCGGGUCUUGCCCCUGCUGGGGCCCCAGGGGGCGCCGCCAUUCCCCGAGGAGGCUUCCAGUGCCCCUCAGCCCUGUGCGGAACGGACGGGACCCCCAACCCCGGAGGAGGAGGCGGCCCGCGAGCUGUCGGGGUCGUCCUGUAGGGCGGCUGGGGUGAGCCCAGGGGUGGGCGGGCGGGAAGGCGCGGAGUGGAGGGCGGAUGGCCGGGAGGGUCCCGGGGCCAGCCCCAGCCCCACGAAGCCAGCGGGCGCGGAGCUGCGCCGGGCGUUCUUGGAGCGCUGCCUCAGCUCUCCCGUCUCCGCUGAGUCCUUCCCCGGGGGCACCGCCACCGUGGCCGCUUUCUCCUGCUCGGUGGCGCCAGCAGCAGCACCGACCUCGCGGGAGCAGUUCCUGCUGCCGCUCCGGGCACCGUUCCCGGACCCCGCGCCUCUCUCGGCCUCCCUGCACGGCCUGAAGCGGGCCACCAGCGGCGAGCGCUGCGCCAAGGCACUUCCGGGCUGCACGUCUGGGCCCGCGGCCGCCGGAGUCAAGAAGCCAAAAGCCAUGAGGAAGUUGAGCUUCGCCGAUGAAGUCACCACAUCCCCUGUGCUGGGCCUGAAGAUCAAGGAGGAGGAGCCCGGAGCGCUGUCCCGGGGCCUGGGGGGCAGCCGCACGCCUCUGGGGGAGUUCAUCUGCCAGCUGUGCAAGGAGCAGUACGCAGACCCCUUCGCGCUGGCUCAGCACCGUUGCUCCCGCAUCGUGCGCGUCGAGUACCGCUGUCCCGAGUGCGACAAGGUCUUCAGCUGCCCUGCGAACCUCGCCUCCCAUCGCCGCUGGCACAAGCCGCGUCCCGCAGCGGCCAAUGCCGCCACAGUCUCCUCAGCCGACGGGAAGCUGCCCGCUUCGUCGACCUCGUCCUCCCCGGAUUCCGGGGCUGUUGCAUCUUUCCUGGCGGAGGGGAAGGAGAACAGCCGGGCAGAGAGAACUGCGGAUCAGCACCCGCAGGCCGGGGACAGCUCCGGGGCGGAGCAGCACCGGGACAGCGCCUCAUCACAAGGCCUCCAGGUGUUGUCCCACCCCGAGCCUUCGCUGCCUCAGGUCCCCUAUACGGCGGGAGUGUUGGGGCGCCGGGUGCCUGAGCCGGGCGGGGUCAGUGCUGCCGGGGGACCCGAGAUCUUCGUGUGCCCAUAUUGCCACAAAAAGUUCCGUCGCCAAGCCUAUCUGCGCAAGCACCUGGCCACUCACGAGGCGGGCUCGGCCCGCGCGCUUGCCCCGGGCUUUGGCUCCGAACGCGCCGCCCCACUCGCCUUCGCUUGCCCGCUGUGCGGGGCGCACUUCCCGUCGGCAGACAUCAGGGACAAGCACCGGCUGUGGCAUGCGGUCCGCGAGGAGCUGCUCCUGCCCGCUCUGGCCGGGGCGCCUCCUGAAGCACCGGGCCCAGGAGGGGAGUCCGACGGGAGUGCUCAGCAAAUUUUCUCGUGCAAGCACUGCCCGUCCACUUUUUUUAGCUCCCCAGGCCUGACCCGGCACAUCAAUAAGUGCCACCCCUCAGAAAGUCGGCAGGUACUGCUGCUGCAGAUGCCAUUGCGGCCGGGCUGUUGA